ACCGGUAGAAAAAAACGCUGUGAUAAAUGAUGGCCGCGCUAUCGCCCCCGACUCUUUCCUCUCUCCCGGACUCGCUUCUGCUCCAGAUUCUGGUCUGGCUGCCGCCGCGUGACCGAGUGGGCGUGACCAGAGUCUGCAAACGGUGGCAUCGUUUGGUGCGGGACAACUUCUUGUGGCGACAUGUGGACCUCUCUUCUUGCAGGAUAUCCUCCAAGAUCUUAUGGCACCUUCUACGGAACUAUUUCCAAGGCAGCUUGUGGACUCUGAAGCUACGGGGAUCCCUCCUCUCCUUUCGAAAACAAGAAGUACUUACCUCAGCAUUGAUGCAGGCUUUGGGUAAACAAUGUCCCAAACUCCAGCAGUUGAGCUUGAUGGAGCUAGAUCUCCGUUCAUUCCAGUAUGGCUGUAUGCCCUCUUCUCUUACCUCCCUGGAAUUGAGAUGCUGUGAGAUUCCUUUUGUUUGGUUCCAAGUGCCAGAUACCUCCUGCAGUUUCCCAAGAAUCCAACAACUUGCAAUCUGGAAUGUUCCUGCUUUUUCCAACCAGCACUUAUUGAAUAUUGCCACCCAGAGCACUCUCAAGACGCUUAUCCUGUCAGAAGUCUACCGUAUAACAGAUGUAGGGAUCCAGGCAGUAGCACCACAUCUGAAAGACCUUCAGCACCUUUCCUUGUGCCACUGUAGCAUUGGUGAUUCAGCCAUGCACUUUGUUGGGCGACACCUGAAACAACUGAACCAUUUAGAUCUCAGGAGCAAUUCUUUGACAGAUGUAGGUCUUCUUUGCUUAAUUGGUUUGCCAAUCUUAGAGAGCCUUUGUUUGAAAGACUGCAAUCAACUUUCUCCAGAAACCAUUUUAAUUGUUUGCCAGUCAUUCCCCAGCUUGAAGCAUCUUGAUUUAAGCAGGAUAGACUUCGAAGACAAAAUAUUCCAAAAGAUCCAGUUGGGUUUGCCAAGCUGUACAGUGGCAAAUACCAUCCCUUGCACAGAUUCCAGUGCAAUAUCUUAGAAGAUAGCUAAUUUUCCUUCUGCAUGUUUUUCACAGGUCAAAAGAUGGCAGCACUCAGAUACAUCUCCUUAGUAGCUUUUUGUCCUUACAGCCCAAAUCUUUGUAGCAGGCUAAAAAUGGAAUAGAUCAGACAAAACAACACAUCUCAAAGGCCAUUUGUUUAACUUUUGUGCAAAUUAUAUGCCCACUGUUUGUACUGCAGAUGUCCUCUGAUGUUGACAUAGCUCAAGCAUAAAGAAUACACUGUCUUCCAAAGUUUUGAUAUACCCCUCAACUCCUACCAGUUCCAGCAAAUACAAUCAGCUGUGAACCUUGAUGGAAAAAGUGUUCAAUAAUACCAGGAGACUGCCAGGUUCUAAAGUAUGACAUAAAAACUGACUGGAGAGAUUAAAAAUUGAAAUAAUUUAUGGACUGCAAGCAUAAAAUGUUAUUAGACAUAUUGUAACAUUUUAAAUGCAAGGAGCAAAUAUCUAGGCAUCUAAUCUAGGACAUAGUCUCUGUUUUGACUGAGUCCAUUCCUCUUCCUGAAUAACUCAAAAGAGUUGAUAUCUUUGAAUAAGCACAAAGGUUACAUUUACAAAACAAAUGCAUAAUUUUCAAGACUGACUACAUUUUUUAA